GACGAUCUAAACAAGUAUCAGCUGUGUAGCAGUCAUUGUUCGUAUCCGUUUUGGCAGGCGUGCAAGAAUUCUGUUUUUCUUCGUUUUCUCAUCGUCGGGCAUCAAGUCCGACGGGAUAAACGGCAUACGUAUUAGUCAGGAAGACAAGCGGAAAAAAAGGGGGGAGGCUACGAGUUUUCUGUACAACGCAACCGUGGCUGCGUGCGUGCUCCAGCCCCAGCCCCACCAACGAUCUUAGGGACAAUAAUCGUGUGAAAAACGGGGCGGUACGCGCAUAAGCCUGGCCUCGAGCAGCGAGUCAGACGACGGUGGACUCGCUCCGCCACCGUGCAAAAGGUCUCGUAGUUCUCUCCCGACUACUCUACGACCAGCGGACGAGCACCACACCGAUCCUGAGAUGGAAAACUAUCGCAUAAUGCAACAGCAGACAUCAAACGGUGGCAUUUCCUCCGGGCUACAGCAGAAUGGCUCUACAGCUGACUCUGGUGGACCUCAUGCAAAUGGCAACAUGAUACCAGAAUCGGAUAAUGACAUCAAUGGUGUUAAUGGGGAAACAAAUCAGAAUUUGGGACCGCCGAAAAUAAUGGACAAAACCAAUCAAGAUAUUGUGAGACUCAUUGGACAACAUUUGAAGACAGUUGGACUUAAUCGUACAGCUGAUCUUCUCAUGCAAGAAUCAGGUUGUCGUCUAGAUCAUCCAGCUGCUGCAAAAUUUAGACAACAUGUUAUGGAUGGAGACUGGACAAAGGCAGAACACGAUCUUAGUGAACUUAAAACAUUUUUAAAUGGAGCUAAUCAAAGUUUAAUAGAGAUGAAAUUCUUAUUACUGGAACAAAAAUAUUUAGAAUAUUUGGAAGAAGGACUAGUAAUGGAAGCAUUGCAUGUUUUACGCAACGAACUCACACCUUUAGGGCAUAAUACAGGUCGUGUGCAUCAGUUGUCUGCAUUUAUGAUGUGCAGUGGACGUGAUGAAUUACAGACACGUGCAGGCUGGGAUGGCAAAGGUGCAGUCUCGAGGGCUGCUUUAAUGGACAGACUACAGAAAUAUCUGCCACCCUCCAUUAUGUUACCACCACGACGCCUUCAUUCUCUUUUGUGCCAAGCUGUGGAAAUGCAAAAUCAACAGUGUACAUACCAUGUAACACAUACUCAGACAAGUUUAGAAAAUGUGUCGCUGCUUGUGGAUCACAGCUGUAGUAAAGAACAAUUCCCGUGCCAUACUAUACAGGUGCUCAAUAAUCAUUGUGAUGAAGUGUGGUAUUGUAAAUUUUCUCCUGAUGGUCGUAAACUUGCUACAGGUUCUAAGGAUAUGACAGUAAUUAUUUGGGAUGUUGAUCCAGAAACAUUGAGAGUAACUCAUAGAAAAACAUUAGAAGGCCAUACUUAUGGAGUAGCAUUAAUUGCUUGGAGUCCCGAUAGUAGUCUUUUAAUUGCAUGUGGUCCUGAAGAUUGCCCAGAGCUUUGGCUUUGGAGUAUUGAUCCACCUGAUUAUGAACUACGUGCAACAGUAACUCAAAGUACUGAUGAUUCACUUACAGCUUGUGCUUGGUAUCCUGAUUCACGUAAAUUUGUAGCAGGAGGACUUCGCGGGCAAUUUUAUCAAUUUGAUAUAGAAGGAAAUGUCUCAGAAUCAUGGGAAGGAGUUAGAGUAAAAUGUUUAUGGUGUAAAAAUGAUGGAAAAACAGUUCUUGCUGCUGAUUCGCAUCAUCGAAUUCGGGGAUAUAAUUUUGACGAAUUAUGUGACUUUACAAUAUUACAAGAAGAUCAUCCUCUGAUGUCCUUUAGUGUAAAUAAAGCAGAUCGACUUGCGCUUCUUAAUGUAGCCAAUCAGGGUGUACAUCUUUGGGAUUUACAAGAUAGAUGUUUAGUAAGACGUUUUCAAGGAGUUACUCAAGGACAUUUCACAAUCCAUAGUUGUUUUGGUGGUGUAAAUCAAGAUUUUAUUGCAUCUGGUAGUGAAGAUACUAAAGUAUAUGUGUGGCAUAUCAAAAGAGAAUUACCUAUAGCAAUUCUAACAGGACAUAGUAGAACAGUAAAUUGUGUUUCAUGGAAUCCUGUAUAUCAUCAAAUGAUGGCUUCAGUAUCAGAUGACUGUACAGUGAGAAUAUGGGGACCGAGAUCAUCAUCUCCAGAAAAAGUUGAUAGUGACAAGACUGUUCCAUUAGAAAGCAACUCCUCAAAUGGUAGUGGAUGGCAUGAAAUGGUAUCGUAGCGUACUACAGUAUAUCAGUGUUCCCAUGACCUCAUGGUGUUCAAAAGACUGUCAUAUUGAUCGUCAUAUUGACUCUUUCCUGCCCCCAGCAGCUAUCUCUUUAUGCCUCAUUACUGUAAGUCUGCGUAAAUGACUACUAUUGAGAGUAAAUGAGAGAUGUGUUAGCAUCAUCUGCUGAUUGAUUAAACAACUAAUGAUCAGGUGUUAUUUGAAAAUCAAUUUUUUCCUUAUUAACAGAUUUUAUAUGAAAUCUUAUGAUUUAUUUGUUUGUCAAAAUUAAAUUUGAACGAUUUAUCAAUAUAAAAUAAUAAUGUAAACUCUUAAAAACGAAGAACAGCAUAAUAUCUUGGUAAAUAUAAGUUAUGACAAAAUAGAAAUUCAUCAAAUUCCGUCGUAGCAUUGAUGUAAAAAGAAAAAUUAACGUGCAAUAACAAGCAUUAAACAAAGUAAAAAACGUUGCAACAAGAUAAAAUUUGUGAUUUUGCGAGAUCAUUAUAAAAAAAUCUUGUUUUGACAGAACUGUGUCAAAUUUAAUCUUUCUAAAAAUAAAAAAGUUGUAAAUAACGAUUUCAUGCUUAAUGAAUUUCUAAUUAAUUUUUUUAAUCAUUGAUGAAGGUGAUACUAUUCUCGUUUUUCACUAUAUAUGUAACUGCCAUCUUACAUUAAUAUUGUAUGUUUCAAAUUGUAUACAGAUGUCGUAAAACAUGAUAAAAAAUGUAGAAAUUAUAUAAAUAUAUGAAGAGAAAUUUAAUUUCAGUAAAUAAUUUAAUGAGACUAAGUGAGAUAAAUUAUAAAGUUUAUAAACAAUUUGAACUCUGUUAUGAGACGUACAGUUUGAUGCGAGAUUAAUCGGAAAUUCACAAAUUUAACGAUUUUAAUAUAAAUAAAAUAAACUGGAUUUGAAAGUUGAGCAUGAAUCCUGAUAUUAGUACCUUUAUUCAGUACUGUGAUUUUAUAUUAUUAAAAUAUAUGUACUGGGUAUCAAAAAUUUAUAAAUAUUACAUUUGCCUUAAUAUUUUCACGUUCAUAAAAAUUUUAAUAUAACAUCGGUAUACAUAAAUUUUGAACAUUUAUUUUAAAGCAUUAGUUCCUUAAUAUAGCUCAAGUAUCUCUAUAUGCCGCAUUUCAUUCAUUACUAUAGUAUUUUAAAUUUUAUUAUUGCAAAGAAAUGAUAAUUGUUUUUUAUAGUUAAAAUAAUGUUUUUAAAUUAUAAUCAAAAAUCAAAACUAAAUUGCUAUGAAUAAUUGUUGUUUCGAAUAUAUUAAACAUUAUAGCAUUUUUAUUAUCUUUUAUGUUUUUAUGCUUUUACAUGACAUGUAAAUUUUUGUUUUAUUCAUAGCAAAUUGUACUGGUUAUUUUUCUUAAGUGACUUCUUCAUGAAUAAAUAUAAAAAAAAAAUGUAUGAAAUACAAAUUAUAUUUUUUUUUUGUUUUUCCUUUGUUGAAUAAAUAUAAAUUUGAUAAAUAAUAAAAACCAAACUGGAGGUCUCACAGUAUCAGAAGAUAUAGAGUAUAUGCGUACAAAUGCAUUCACAACAGAUAAUAUAAAAAUGUUUACAUUACAAGAGAAGUUUACAUGCGAAGGAAAUGUCUGUAGUUUACGCCCCUAAAAUUGUAGUAAGAUAAUGUAAUACUAAUCACUAUUAUCAUUUGCAUUUACCUGUGGUGCCUUAGCACUUUAUAAACACUAAUUGAAAGUUUUCAGAAUUUUUUCAUAAUUUGAUAUAAUUUGCAAUAUGAAACAAAUAAUAAGUAAUUGAUUUCAUUUAAUUAUAAAUAACAUUCAAAUUUAAUAUAAAUCUUAGUCAUAAAU